GCAGUAUAUCGCGCACAUUCGAAAGUAAUAUAUAUAUAUAUAUAUAUAAAGAUAUAAAUUUAAUUUUGUUGCGUGAAUAGGCAAAAUGAAGUCAUUUUUAUUAUCAAAUUUUGUGAUUUUAUUGGCAAUCAGUUGUCUCAUAGAUGCAAGACCAAGACGAGAAAAUUCAAAAAAGACAAAAUAUGUUGGCUGUGUAUAUCCUUAUCAAUUUGUGAAUCCAUAUUAUCACACGUUGACGUCCAGAUCGUGUGCAAAUCUUUUAAUCGAUCGUAGUGAUAUUCCACAGCCCAAUGCCGACGAAUUUCGCGUUGGAUGUGAUUGCAUUGAAGGCUUUGCGAUGAAUUUCCAAGGUCUUUGUAUUAACGAAUCGGAGUGUACGAUUUUUGAAGCGUUCGGUGCAUUAGUCGAUACAGGAAAAAUCAUUCUUCCAUCAUCUAAAGAACAUGAAAAACUACUUCAAGAACAUCACGACAAAGAAGCUCCAGAGAAUCAAAAUGAAAACAUUCAAGAUAAUCGAAAUGCAGAAAAAUCAUCACAUAUAAUUCAGAAAUUCUUCACAGAAAAUGCAAGAAUUCAAAAUAAUAAACUAGAUAAUGGUGAAAUGGGUGAAAAUGGCGAACAAGGUAAAGGAGAUGAGGACGAUUGCCCCGUGGAAUGUUGUCAUUGUUGUGAAGAAUACGUGGAAGAAGAUGAAAAUUGUAUUUGCAGUGAUGAAACGGAAAAUGAAAAUACCACUGAACAGCAAACAGCAAGCUUAAUUCCAACAGAGAGUUCAAACAUAAAUCAUUCAACGGCCUCCAUAGUAACACCAUCGGACAGUUCAAAUAAAGUUCAAAACAUUCAAAAGGCAGAACUUGAAAAGAUGAACUUACAUCAAUCAGAAAAAAUGAAUCAAUUACCAUCGAAUCCAAAUGCUAUUUAAACACUGUAAAAAAAACAUUCAAUAUUCUUUCAAACCAUCGAUGCGAAUGUUUAUUUUUAUUUUAAAACAAAUAUUGUAUUUAAAUAAUUCGAAAGAAAAAUACUUAAAAGUAAGUCGUACUUUAUCGAAAAUACAAAUCACAUGCAAUGAUAACAAAGAAUCAAA